AUGAGCACGGCGAGUGUGGUGGUUACCAGCGGAUGCAGCGGCAUUGGGAGUGAUAACAACGAGUGUGUGAGAGGUGGAAGCCACGACCAACGGGUGCGUGAAGCAGCAGAUUGGGUCUUGGACGGCGCGGUGUGUGGCAGCCGACGCUUCGAACGGUGUGGCUGGAUCGAGGCUGAGAGAACGCUUCGCGUGGGCACCAAGGAUGCAGCGUGA